GGUAAUGGAUUUCACAAGGCUCCAUUGCCGCACAUCACAAUGCUUCAUUGCCGCGCAUCACAAGGCUAUGUUGCGUUGGUUAAACCCUAAUCUCUCUUCAUCCUCCUUAUCUUAAACCCUAAAAUCAGCAGAGCAGAGUGCAGCCUUCAACAUGCCGACUCCUUGAAUCCGGCCUCUCCAUCUUCGUCCCGAUUUUUAGUAAUCACUCAGAAAAUCAAUGCUACCCACCAUUUCAGGCAUGAAGUCCCUAAUUUCCCCUCCAUUUUCUCCUCUAUCUCUUCAUUUUCCCAAAACCAAACCUUUUGCUUUCUUCUCCUUGCCCUCCAAAAAACUCAAUCUCUCAAACCCUAGAUUCCUCCACAUAAACCCUUCGAUGCUUUCACCAACUUCUUCAACCCCAAGUCAACAAUCACAUCCAGAAACAACUCAAUCUUCUUCACCGUGUGGUGAGGUCCACGUCAUCGUCGGACCCAUGUUUGCUGGCAAGACAACAGCAUUGCUCCGCCGAAUCCAAGCUGAAAGCAGCAAUGGAAGAACUGUGGCUGUAAUAAAAUCAAUCAAGGACACAAGAUACGGAUUGGAUUCAAUUGUGACACAUGAUGGCAUGAAACUACCAUGUUGGCCAUUGACAAAUUUAUCCUCAUUCAGACAAAAAAUUGGCACUGAUGCUUAUGAUCAGCUGGAUGUCAUUGGCAUCGAUGAGGCUCAAUUCUUUGAAGACCUUUAUGACUUCUGCUGUGAAGCUGCUGAUCGUGAUGGAAAAACUGUUAUAGUUGCGGGGCUGGAUGGUGACUAUUUAAGAAGGAGCUUUGGAUCCGUGCUUGAUAUAAUUCCCCUGGCUAAUUCUGUGAUGAAGUUAACGGCUCGAUGUGAACUUUGCGGGAAACGAGCUUUCUUUACCUUAAGGAAGACAGAUGAGACACAAACAGAGUUGAUCGGCGGAGCUGAUGUAUACAUGCCGGUAUGUCGGCAGCAUUACAUAAGUGGGCAAGUAGUGAUUGAAACUGCAAGAAGUGUGUUGGAAUCCCAGAAGCUUCAAUGUGGCUCUUACAAAUAGUUCACAUUAUUAGACUAUAUAUGUAUUUGCUGUCAGUUAUGAAAUAUUGGAUUUGUGUUUGAUUGGCAAAAUUUAGAAUGUAAAAUGUAAUCAGAUUAAGAGGAAGUAUGG